AUGAAUCCUGAAUCGGUACUUAGAGCAGGGAAAUUAUUCCAAACGCAGUAUGGUGGCGAUGGUGUGGAUUUUAUUGAUCAACUCAAUUACCAAUACACAGGAGGUCUAAUGGUGAUUUUUAUCGCAAUAAUUGGUGUUCGGCAGUAUGUCGAACUUCAUGAUGUGGAGAUUGGAGAUUGA